AUGGGGCCUUGCUGUGCCCUGUGGGUGGUGCUCACCCUGCUGAAAGGCCUGAAGGGCCAGAUCCCAAACACCCCGCCAGGCAUUACCUCCGUGUUACAGAGCUUCCAAGAAGACCAGUUCCAGGGGGAAUGGUUUGUUGUCGGCCUAGCAGGCAGCACCCACAGGAAGAUGGACAGGUUCCUGUUGAACCCAUUCAUUGCAAUGUUCGAGCAAAAUGGAAACAGCCGCCUUAAAGUGUCGUAUGCCAUGACCCGGGGCCACCACUGUGUCACCUGGUCUUAUGUGCUGGUUCCGGCGGCGCGGCCUGGGAGCUUCUGGGUGGACCGCAGAGAGGAGCCCGAGGAGGUCCAGGUGUACGACACGGACUACAGUGUGUUCGCGCUGAUGCUGUUCCGAAGACAGUCAGGUGGCCAGAGUGUCCUCAGGGUCAACCUGCUAUGCAGGAUGUGGAUGAUCCAGACCCAGGUGCUGGACAAAUUUGUCUGCCUGGUCAGAGCUCUGGGCCUGUCGGACAACAACAUCGUCUUCCCAGACUUGACAGAUUGGUCACCCCAUCUGGGUACCUGCCGAAGGUGAACGCAGCUCCUCCCCAGCCAAGGCCUCUGCUCUCAGCAUGGAAUAAAUCCUGUGCCAGGAUCCAGGAGUAGGAGCCACCAUGACCUUGGGGUGGUAGGGGAGGCACGAAGUAGGGGAGGACCCUCUGCACACAUUCAUGCCCACCCCCAGCCCUCCAGGCCUGUGCCGACCCUCUGGCCUCCCGGGCUGUGUCUGUGAGUGUGUAUGGGGGGGUGUUUGCAGGUCCCUGUGAGUCCCAGGACAAGACCCCUCCAUCCUACCCACUCAGCCCCCAGCUCCAC